AUGCAGCCCAAGGCGGGAGCGAUGAUGAUGAUUCUCUUGGCCUUGGCAAUGGUGGCCGAAUGCAGCAAAUUUAACCAAGGCAGCUGGGGCUCCUGUCAUUCGGGUGGCAACGGCAGCACGAGUUCUUGCAGCGAGGGACACCGUGAGCUUGAAGACGUUUCAAUGGAGUCCGAGAUGAAUUUACGGGAACUUGCAACCAAAAGAAAGGCCAUUUCGUAUGAAGCACUCAAGCAAAACGCACUCCCCUGCAACCAACGGGGACGCUCUUACUACGCAUGUGUAGGCGGAGGACCUGUUAACCCUUACACCCGUAGUUGUCUUAUUGCCACCGGUUGCAGAAGGAUCGUUGAUUGA